ACAGAGCGUGGGGCCCGCCCGCGGAGCCGCUAUAAAAGCGCUGCCGGGGCAGGGCCGCGCUGUGCCGGUCCGCGACCCGCGCGAUGGCGAACCCGUCGCAGUGGCUGGAGGAGGGCGCCGGGCGCUGGCCGCCGCGGCCGCCCGGGCCAUACAGCGAGGCGCAGCGGCUGGCGCUGGAGGAGCUGGUGGCGGGCGGCCCCGAGGCGCUGCGCGCCUUCCUGCGGCGGGAGCAGCUGCCGCCGUUCCUCUCGGAGCCCGAGGUGCAGGCGAUCGCGCGGGGCGCGCUGCCGCCCGCCGCGGCCCCGGAGCCGGCGGCCGAGCCCUUCGCCGGCGCCUCCCUCGACGCCUCCUCGCUCACCUACUUCCCCGAGCGCUCGGACCUGGAGCCGCCGGCGCUGGAGCUGGGCUGGCCGGGCUUCGCCAGCGGCGCCUUCCGCGGGCUCACGCGGGUGGAGGCGCACUUCCAGCCCGGCUGCGGGGACAGCAUCUACGGCUGCAAGGAGGCGGUGCGGCGGCAGAUCCGCUCCGCACGGCAGAUGAUUGCCCUGGUGAUGGAUUCCUUCACAGAUACCGAUAUCUUCAAAGACCUCUUGGAAGCUUGUAGCCAGCGGCAAGUUAAAGCCUAUAUCCUUCUAGAUCAGUCUUCAUUUUCCCACUUUCUAAAAAUGUGCAAGGAUCUGGGAGUUGACCUUGAAAAGGAAAAGUUGAUGAGAAUUCGAAAUAUCACGGGGAACACAUACUACACGAGGUCGGGUGCCAAAAUUGUUGGAAAAGUCCGUGAGAAGUUCAUGUUAAUCGAUGGCAUUAGAGUGACAACAGGCUCCUACAGUUUCACGUGGACAGAUGGGAAGCUGAACAGCAGUAACAUUUUGAUCCUGUCAGGCCCCGCAGUUGCACACUUUGACCUGGAAUUUCGGAUUCUUUAUGCACGGUCAAAGCCUAUCAACCUCAAAGAGUUAGCCAGCUGCAGGAAGAAUAAGGUGUUGGACCAGGUGGUCAGUAUAACAGUGGCUUCCAGAGACUUGACCAGGGAAAACUUCCUGAGAAUGGAGUUUUUGUAUCUUAGAGCAUUUGUAGGGAAUCUCAAAAGGAAGCGAAGCUGGCUGCAUGCCUCAAGGGAGGCUGUCUACGUGUCAAAUAAUGCAAUGCAUGUCUCUCCUCCACUGACUAAGAGGAAUGGUUCCCUAGUUAUGAGGCCACACUGGAUCAUAGAGAGAUGAAUUGCAUGUUCACUCGAAGCGAGAAGCAGAACCUCAGGAGCCACGUCCAGUUGUCCAUGUCCAGUGCUGUCUCACAGAAUGUUUGUGAGAGCAGCUGGGAAACAAACCUUGAACUGAGAGAAGUGAUACUGUCAUUGUGGGUUCACUCACAGACCACUAUAAUGCAGAUCAACACAUACAGUUAGGGUAUUGUCUUCAGCUCAGAUGUGCUUUUAGAAAAAAAACAAAACCCCUCUUAACACUUGGAAAGCCAUUACUGACUUCUAGGACCUGUCUUCUGUCGGAUUGUCAUUUUUCAUUUUUCAGCUAUUCUUACAUGUAUUCAGCUGAUGGGUUACCAGCGGCUUAGCUCAGUAACUCAAAUCUUUUUUUAAAGUAAUUUAGGUUUGGGAAAUAUGUUGCUUAAAAGUCUUCCAGAGAUGAAUAGCAGGACUGCUGCACGGCUCUGAACUGAGUCUUGUGUGGCAUGAACUCACUAUGAAUGUUUUUAUGACACAGAACUGGAGUAACCAUAACCUAGAAACUAGUAGAUCAGUAUGAUGCUACUAGUCCUCAAAUGUUACGUUUUCUUUCUGCAAAGCUGUGCUGCCUGGCAGGAUGAGGUAACAUCAGGCGAAGAAGGGUUUUGAUUGAAUUUGAAAUGACCUUAAUUAUAAGAAUGCUUGGGUUGCUGGACAUACAUAAUCCUGCAAUAAAUACCUAUCUAAAUAGACAAACAUUUUUACAAAAAAACCCCAAACCUUUUCAUAACACCUAGAAAGCCAUUAUUGACUUCUAGUCAAUAUCUAGUCUAUUUAAGUAAAUAUUUAGAUGAAUUUAGAUAAAAUCAAUCAAUAAAUAUCUAAAAUACUAUCCCUUGUGUGCAAGGGAUAGCAUUCCUAAGAACCUGUUUGCAGCAGAGCCAAAUGAGAUCAUUUUCCUGGCAUUAAUAUAUAUAUAUUCAGGUUGCUACUGCUGUCUGAUCUUAUGGGAAAAGUUGAGUAGAUCUGAAAUUUGUGAAGCUGCUGCUACUUCUCAAAAGCCUGACUUCAACCAGAGAUGCAAUGAUGUAAAAAUCAGAAAUUGAACCAUUUAUUCUUAAAGUUUUAUGCAAGUUUGAUUUUUUUUUUUUUUUUUUUGUCCCCCCAAUCCCUCCAUUUGUAGAGAAAAACAAAAACCCCAAAUGAAUAGGCUGUGUGUAUGCUCCCAGGCAGCUGUGCAUGCAGGCACUGAAGUGCCAGCAGCCUGCCAGUGCAGAAACUCGUUAGUCCAGCUGUGGCAGCUGUAGCAAAAGCAAAGGCACACCAUUCCUCAGGUUGUUCUUGAGGCUCUUGCUACUGCAAAAACCUCAGGUGUAUCCUUACAUAAGUGUCGUGUGGGUUCUGGGCUUCAAAGGGGAAGGUUAAAACGUUGCUGGGGCAUUUCGCGUGCAUCUCUGCUAAAUCUCACCAGGAUAACAUUAAACUGGACAUGCGGAGCUUACAAAAAUGUUUUUUUGGACCAUUUGGACUGCAAUGAUGUACUAGUUAGGAUAUGACUAAUCUGUGCCCCUUUUCUUCUUCUUUUUCUUACGCUCAUGGAAAUGUAAUAGUUCUGACUCUCCUAAUUUGUAAAUGUUCAACAGUUCAUAGUUCAACAGUCUUAGCUUUUAUCCAGAUGUAAAGAAGUUUGAAAUACAUGUGUUUUUAUUCUUACCUGUAUUUUUCACAAACCAAACCCAUACAGUGUUGUACUCUAUGCACAAUAUUGUUUGUGCAAUCCUGUUUUCACAAUAAUUAUCUGUAUGUUUUCUCAACUAUAAGGUUUUAACUUUGUUAUUCAUCUCAUGAUUUAACAGGUAACUCUUCCCAUGUGCCGUUAGUAGGACUUUUUCUCAACAGUUGCUUAAUAUCUUGAUGAUACAAAAUACUGUGGUAAUAGUUGUGUUUAUUUUUGAUAGAGUGGACUUAAUCUGAAAAAUACAUAGCAAUGUAUAGCUAGAAUUUUAAGAAUGUCUUUAAUUCUAACUGCAUAACCUCUUUUUCAAGUGGUACCUAAACUUGACAUAAAAAGUGGCCAUGGAGGUACAGUGUUGAGAAGUGCGGUUUUGUGUAAUCCACAACUGCACCGCUACUGUGUCCAGUCAUUCAUGAAGAAGGAGAAUGAUUAAUAAGUAUGUAAAAUGUGAUUAUUUUCCAUAAGCAUUAAUUUUGACAGCAUUACUAAACUUAUUGGAAGCUGUUUCUUUUUUUUUUUUUUUUUU